AUGGGCGACGGGGUCCAAGCCCCCGACAUCCCGACGGCUGGACGUGCCGAUGAGCUACGGCUGGAGAACGGAGGCAGCCCCUGUGCUGGGAGAGUGGAGAUUAAACACCAGGAUGAGUGGGGGACAGUGUGUGAUGACAUGUGGGACAUGAGAGAUGCUGCGGUUGUUUGGUUCAGGUUCAGGUUGGUGAACGGCACCUCCGUGUGUUCAGGGAGAGUGGAGGUCCAGGUGCUCGGUGCCUGGGGCACCCUCUGUGCCUCGCGCUGGGAUUUAUCCGAUGCCCACGUUCUCUGUCGUCAGCUCGACUGUGGAGUUGCUGUGUCUGCUCCAGGAGCAGGGCAUUUUGGGAAAGGAACUGGCUCUGUCUGGGGUGACACAUUUCACUGUAAGGGAACUGAACCUCACUUGGGGUUUUGCCCUGUUACUGCCCUGGGGGCCUCUCAGUGCUCGCAUGACCAUGAUGCUGGUGUGAUUUGCUCAGGCCGAUCUGAAUCCCUCAGACUGCUGAAAGGAGAGAGCCGGUGUGAUGGCAGAGUAGAGAUUUCCCUCGGCGGUACAUGGGGCAGAGUCCUGGAUGAUCAGUGGGACAUGAAGGAUGCCAGCGUGGUGUGCAGGCAGCUGCACUGCGGAGUUGCUGAGAGCACCUACAACCUGACAAAGCCUGAGCAAGGGACGGGCCCUGUGGGGCUUAGAGGUGUGCGAUGUGCAGGACACGAGUCCAAUCUGACACUCUGCAACACCAACCUGUCUGAGACCGAGCAGGCAGUAAUCACUGAGGAUGUUGGUGUUGUUUGUUCAGGAAGCAGGCAGCUCAGACUGGUAAAUGCAACAGGUCGCUGUGCUGGGAGAGUGGAGAUUUACUACCAGGGCACCUGGGGGACAGUGUGUGAUGAUUCCUGGGACUUGUCUGACUCCAACGUGGUUUGCAAACAGCUGGGAUGUGGACAUGCCAUUCAUGUAGCUGCCUCCGCUCAUUAUGGAGAAGGCUCAGGACAGAUCUGGCUGGAUGAUGUGAACUGCUCUGGAAAUGAAUCCGAGCUCUGGGAGUGCCCUUCCAGGGGCUGGGGGCAGCACAACUGCAGGCAUAAGGAGGAUGCAGGAGUGCUGUGCUCAGAGUUCAUGGACCUGAGGCUGGUGAAUGGUGAUGAUUGUUCCGGUCGCCUGGAGGUUUUCUACAAUGGGACAUGGGGAAGUGUUUGCUCCAGUCCGAUGGCUCAAGCCACUGUGGACAUUGUAUGCAAGCAGCUGGGCUGCGGGAAUGGAGGAGAAUUUGCAGAAGACUAUUUAUAUGGACAAGGUUCUGGCCCCACGUGGCUGGACCGUGUUGAGUGCCGGCAGCAGCACAGCUCCCUGUGGGAGUGUCCAUCAAAGGCAUGGGACCCUCACUCAUGUCAUGACCGGGGAGAAGAGACCCACAUUACUUGUGCUGGGAAAAAAGAGAACACAACUCGGACACGGUAUGUUGCAUGUCCAAACUCCACAGACUGCACAGACAAAGAGAAGCUCCGCAUUGUGGGAACAGAGGACAGAUGCUCGGGGAGAGUGGAGGUUUGGCACCACGGCUCCUGGGGAACGGUGUGUGAUGAUUCCUGGGACCUCGCAGAUGCCAAUGUUGUGUGCAAACAAGGGGGCUGUGGAGCUGCUGUGUCUGCCCUGGGCGAGGCUGCUUUCGGGGCGGGGACUGGCCCCAUCUGGCUGGACAAGGUGAACUGCAAGGGAACGGAGUCGUCUCUGUGGGACUGUUGUGCCGAGCCCUGGGGAAACAGUAGAUGCCAGCAUAAGGAAGAUGCUGCUGUGAUCUGCACCAAUGGGACAGAGACCACUGCAUCCCCACAGAAAACAGAAAUACCUCGGCGCCCAUCUCUGACAGGUGGGAGAGACAUGGUGCCCAUUGUCAUCUGCAUUGUCCUGGGGGCCCUUCUCUGUCUCGUCCUGAUCAUUCUGGGGGGAAAGGUGAGAAGCACAAGGGCACUGCGCAGAGGCUCCGGAAGACACUCAGGACCAUUGCCUGAUGCUGUGUAUGAGGAGAUUGAUUAUAACUUGAUGAGGGAGAAGCUGGAGAUGUUUGGUCGCUCAGUCUCCUACUCGGAGGACUCCGUGAUGAAGCUGCAGUAUUACACUGGGGACAGCGAGGAGGGAAAUGACCCUGGAUCAGCACAAGAGGAAGCUUCCCCUGGGGAUUUCCAGCUGGAUUACGAUAGUGUGGAGGAGCCUGCAUUGAGUAAUGCCCAUGUACCUCCUGACAGUCAAGAGGCCCUUCCCCUGGCUAGAGAAGUCACUGAAGAUGGUUAUGAUGAAGCUGGAGAAGUUCCUGACCUUGCACAUUUUCCUGUUUCUGGACUCACUGGUGUCCCAGCAGAAAGAGAGAACUUGCAGACUUACAGUGACUCACAGACAGAACGGAGCAUGCCCUGGCUUAAAAGUGAAGGAAUCUUUGAGCCUGUGCAAGAGGACCCAGCCCUUCUUCCUGGAGACACGGGUUAUGACGACGUUGAAGAGGUCAUGUCUGUGUCAUCACUCUAAGAAUGGAUUUGUGUUGAGAUAAUAUCCCGUGGGAGUGUAAAUGUUGGAUGAUCAGCACCCUUCUGUCUAAGAUGCACACUGGUCCAUAGUAGCCAAAGGGACAACCCAACCUGGAAGUAUUGAAGUAUUGUGCCUCACUCUUUGAACUGGGCUUUUUGUACUGGCCAAGAUAUCUAAAUGU